ACGACAAUUAGCAUCCGUCCAUCUGUCAAAUUAAAGACAAAAAAUUCGCUAACGAAUCCCUUUUAACUCAUCUUUAUGAGUUAAUUCGAAUCGAUUUGGGCUAAUGUAGAGUCCAGGCUAAAGAAACAAGUUGGUGUUUGAUGUGAAUUUAACCUAAAAAUAAAAACAUUUUUGCGAAGUAAUCGGCGUGUUAUGGCCUCCGGAAGACAAUUCGGGACGACGAACGGUCCCAAUUCGGCUCGACAAAAACGCUUUUCAAUCGAUGACGCGUUCGAGGAAGAAACCGAUGAAGCGAUUAAAGUGUACGGAGCAACAACGACGAUGUCCCCGGUUGGGUCUGUUGUGGGAGUUGCGAAUAUCGAUGGGAAUAAUACUAAUUCACGGAAUUAUCGGUUAGUUAACGAUGGUUCUCGCGAUUCCGACUCGUUAAUCCAAGAUUUUUACGAUGGCUCACACCAAGAUCCUUCGAUAUCGCGAUCUUGUUUUCGACACCCGAAGGUGCGUGAAAAUUGGAGGAUGGUGCUUGCGGCGACGACGCUUUUAGUGAUCGGAUUGGGGUUAUUAGGGACUGGGAUUUUAGCGUUGGCGGAGCCGCAAGCUGGGCUGCAGGGUGCCGUCUUUUUAAUAGCCGGGUUUAUUUGUUUCGUCCCAGGGGCUUAUCACGUUGUUUAUAUUUAUUUGGCCGCUAAAGGACGUAGGGGUUAUCAUUUUCAUAAUUUACCAUUAUUUACUUAGAUAAAGGAAGUAAUUGUAUGAGGAAUAAUAAUAAGAUGGAAGAAGUUAUUAAGGUUAGGUUCUUUUGUGAUAUUUGCAAUAAUGGUGAAGAAGAGCUCUCUUUGGUUUUAAUUUUUAACUUUAUUUUUAUAAAGCGGAGGUUAAGUUAAGUUGAAUCUCAAAGAAAAGACUUAAAACGAUGAUAAUAAAAGUAAUUAAGUAACGUAAUAAGUGAAGAAGAUUAAUUAAUUUCUUUUCUGUUGUGGUUGUGUGUUUCUAACCUCAAAAAAAAUUAAAUUUAAAAGGAUUAAAUUUAAAAUUUGUAUAUUACUAGAACGUAUUGAUUUAAUUAAUUUAUGAGAGGACUACGUAAGUAAUUGUAACAAUAAAAUAUUUUAAAAUAUGAAAAAAAACUUUUUUUCGAGAACAAUGCUUUUAAUAAUUCUAUUUAUUCAACUUAUUAAAUAAUCUUAUUUGCACAA